CUGUGCAUUAAUUUUGUGGAUGAAAAAAUGUAUCGUAGUUAAAUCAGUAGGCAGCCUACUGCUUUGUUAGUGUUUUGAAGUAAGAACGGUCCCCCCUCCCUCGCAGUGAUACGUUGGUGCAGUCCCCUCUGAGGCUCUGAUUCUCGCAGUCAGUGAGCGCGCGUCUGAACUGGUGUGUGUCUGUCACGCUGUGUGUGUUUUUGUGAGGUAUGCAGUAGUAAAUUACCUCAACACCAAACAAACAAACAAACACUUCAGACUUUAAAUAAGCGAUAUUAAAAAUGAAGGGGCCGAUACUUGUGAACAAAGCAUCUUGAAGAAAAGGUGGAAGGAGAGGCCAGUGUGAGUGUGUGAUUGUAAGUGUGUGCGUUUAUGUGUGCAUGUGUGUGUGGAUGAACUUCCAUAGGCCAUGUCUGGUCCAACCAAACCUGAGAGGACAGUGUGUGUCCUGCUUCCUACCAAGGAGACACUAGACAUCACAGUGGGGGUGAAAGCAACAGGACAAGAAGUGUUUCAACAUGUUUGUGAGCUUCUCAGAGUUAGAGAACUGCACUACUUUGGAUUGACUUUAGUCAAAAACAAUGAGCACAUCUUUCUGGACUUGGAAGAGAAACUUUCAAAGUACUUCCCCAAGGAAUGGAAACAGGACUCAGGGAAGGGGUCACAGAGGAGGUCAAUCCCCCCACUGCUCUGUCUCAAGGUUCAGUACUAUGUGGAGAAUGGCCGGCUCAUCUGCGAGCGCAAAGCGAGGAAACUGUACUACUAUGAUCUGCGGGAACGUGUCCUGCGCUCUGAAUGCAGACAGAAGGAGGAAGUGUAUUUCCAACUGGCAGGAUACGCCUUACAGGCAGAUUACUCUGACCACCCUCCAGAGGGCCACGGUCAGGGACACACUGUUUAUUUCCAAGCCAAAGAAUACUUUCCUCCCUGGAUAAUUGCGAAGCGAGGCCUUGAUUACCUGCUGUGUCACGGGCCCAAGGUUCAUAAAGAGUUGUGGGGGAUGUCCUCUCGCGACGCUAUCCUGCUCUUCAUCAGAGAAUCCUGCCGUCUGGAGGAUGUCCCAGUCACCUUUUAUCGCUUACAGAAGGACAAGAGAGAAGAGAAAGGUUCAGCACUUCUUGGACUCACUCUCAGAGGAAUGCAAGUGUAUCAGGAGGUGAACAAUGUGCGUGAUCUGCUCUAUGACUUCCCUUGGUUUCACGUGGGACGACUCACCUUUCUGGGGAAGAAGUUUGAGAUACAGCCCGAUGGUUUGCCCUCAGCAAGGAAGUUGGUGUAUUACACAGGUUCAGCUUUUCGAUCUCGUCAUCUUCUGCUGCACCUGAGUUCCUGUCACCGGCUGUACCUCAGCCUGCAACCUGCACUCAAACACCUGUGCAAGCUCGAGGAGACAGAGGAGAAGAAAAGGUACCGUGAAUCGUACAUCAGUGAUGAGCUGGAUCUGGAUCAUCCCUGCAGUGAAGGCAGCCCCCCUCUAUCCCGACACUCCACCAGCAGUUCUGGCAUCGAGGCAGACACCAGACAACACAGUGUCUCCGUAGAGAUUGUCUCCAUGGAGGAGAAAGAGAAGUCCUUCAUCUCUGCUGUCAGUCAAGACUCUUCACACACCUCUGGCAUAGAGACGAGCAGCAAAACCCGAAAAGAUGUUGAAGUUGAGUGGCAGGAAGAAGAUUUGCAGGAAAUAGUGAAGGAGCCUGGGGAGCUCUCUGUGGAUGACCCUGAGGAUAUCUUGCGAUUGGCUGAAAUAAUGGGGGGCGUGUCUGUCGACUGUCCUGCCAUCCAACAAGAUGUUGACUCUAAAGGUCUUAAAAUGAGUUCAGUGAAAAUGGGCAAUGACCAAAUGGACCUUUGUAUUACAGACAUGAAAGAGGUUUCGAUUCGGAAGGCUCGGAACCCUGCUGACCGCCAGAGCUUUAGCCUGGAUGACGUGCAACAGUUUUCCCCUCUUCUCCCAUUGGGAAUAGCAUCAGUUCCAAACACCUCCCACAGCUACACAUUCGGGCUCCCGCACUCCCCAGGUUGUUCUCCGACCAGCCCCUGUCCAGACAAACCUUCAUUUUAUGGCCGGCGCUCCACAAACUGCUUGUCUCUUGACAUGCUGGAAGAUAAACAGCAAUUGGAGCUUCUCCUCUAACAAAUCAAGAGAAAGACUGCAGCUUCCUAUUGUAUUCAAGCAAUUUAAAUGGACAGCAGAAAGAAGUAAAAACAGAGGUGUUAAAAGGACAUUUUUACCGGGAAUUUAAUUAAGACCGAACUAUACAGUUAAAGCUGAAGUGUGUCAUUUUUCAGAUGUUAAAAUACUUCCUGCUAUCCCAACUUAAUAUGUAGAGGCAUCCAUAGUAAGUAAGCCAGUAAGUUGAUUUCCCUAAAAAAUGUAAACACUGUGGCUCUGUGGCACUUUCAAAACAUUGCUCCGUUUGUUUGAACAUUCCAAUCAGCCCAACACAGUUACUUUGCCUCAAUCAGUGGGGCAAGUUUGGGGCGGGACUAUCUGUUUUCUCGACCAAUGGAAGAAUGGAGGUGUGUUCUAGAAACCUAUUGGAAAACAAUCAUAAUUUUUGCCAUUGAAUUUGGUGGCACUAGUAGCACAGAAAUAACACUUUAGCUUUAAAUGUGUUUCUUCGCUUUUGGCUGCAAGAUAAUGUGAACAUUUGAGUGUUGUUUUACAGAUAUACAACAUAUCUAGAUUUUGAAUUUUAUGGACAAACAUUCCUACAGAACUUUGUGUGGAUAGUCUUACAAGGACAAAGACAUUUAUCGACAAGCGAAAAAAGCUAUUCCAUGUAAAUAUUUUUGAAAAAAAAUUCUAACUAGGCACAGUGAGUGACAGAGCAUUCACUUGGUUUCUAUUUUCAUGUGUGUCUUAACAUUCCAAAUACUUUUUGAGAAUUCUGCAGCUCAGUGGUUAAUCUAUAAUGUGAUACUAUAAGAUUUCACCUCCACCUUUUCAGAGUCUUUGGAUUUUCGGUCAUGAUAAUCUUGUUGACAUUGAACAUGCAUCUCCACAUCUCCUAUUUCAAAUAAUCAUUGUGUUUUAGACAAUACUCAUGUUGUUAAGUUAUGAAGCUCGUGUGAACCCGCAUAAAACAGAAAUCAUGAUUUUGAAAUCAUGAAGAGUGCCAAAAGGUCAAACUGAAGACUUCCACGUUUCUUUUUUUUAAUUAUUACCAAGAUUUACAAGGUUUAUGUAAUAUCAAAUUUAUUUUGUUCUCAUACUUGCUACACAAGUAAUGUUGAACACUGAGUGUCUGUGGGACAAGGAUGGAUCUCUAUUAUGCAAUAAGAACAAAUAACCAUUCUCUCAAUACAGAUCAUGUCAGUGUUCGUUUUGUUCAGGAUAAAUGGAGCUCUUUUCAUUCUAAUCAUUGCAAAAUACAUAUCAAGCCCUCAAAGGGUGUGUAAAUUAUUGUGGGUGUAAUUGCUUCAUCUACGUAUUGUAAACGCACAGCAUAUUAAAAGCAUGUGCUUAUACACAUUCCUUUCAAUGAAAGGAAAACAUAGAAUGAAUAGUAUGAAGAAACAUAACUGGAAUCUGUCACACUCUGGUGUUUUUAAAUUGAACAAUAUGAUAUUUAAAGUUGUAGAACAUUACAACCCAUCCAGCAUACUGGACCUUUUUUUUAUUUUAUUUUUUUAUACAGAUGGUAACAUGUUGCCAAGCCAGCUUCUGGGUUUUAUACACAACUCAUAGAACAUACUGAUUUAUCAUUUGUGGAAAGACUUUUUUGGUCAGUUUAGAAAUAAAUUCAUAAAUAUCAGCUUGUGAGCAUGACACUGCACAUGCCUGACACGUGGUGAGAAGUAGGGGUUUUAUCUACAAUUUCUAUCUAAAAUUACUCUGCACAUGUAUCAUAAUAGAAUGUUACUGUUAUGAGGUUUUAUUUAUUGCAUACAAUAAUUUUUAGUUAAAAUGUACAUGGUUGUACAUAAAAUGGAUUUUGUGGUUAGCAUUUUAUAAUACAAUUUCCAUAUUACACAUCAUUUAUGGAAGCCCAUUUCCACCACAUUUAAAAAGAAAUUUGGUAAAAAAAAAAUAAAAAAAAUAAGAUUUGGUAACUCAGAAUUAUGAGAUACCUAGUCAUAUUUAUUAGAUAAAAAGUCAAAUUAUGAGAGUUGAAGCCAUAAUUAUGAGAUUAAAAGUCAUAAUUAU